AUGGUCCAAACAACCUCAUACUCGCACAUCGAGGCAAUCCCACUCUGGAAAGAGUACUUUCACAGCCCCUCCAGCGCUCGGCUUGGCUUGGCCACUGCCAGUGUCUUCUUCCCCGCCGUCGUCACCGCCUUCGUCGGCGACUGGAUGGCCGCAAGGUUUGGUCGCAAGUGGGGCAUUGUCCUCGGAGCUAGUCUGAUCAUUGCCGGGUCCUUUGUCAACGCGUUUGCUACAGACUUCGACAUGUUCAUCGGUUCCCGCUGGAUUAUCGGUGCUGGCGGUGGCAUUACCAAAGUCUGCGCUCCAGCUCUACUCCACGAGAUCGCCCAUCCCCGUCUCCGCGCCACUCUUGGGGCCACAUACUACGCCUUUGCCUACCUGGGCGGUGUAUUUGCCGCAUGGAUCUGCUUCGGCGGCUUGUACAUUAACAGCUCCUGGUCGUGGCGAUUCCCCACCCUGUUCCAAUUUGCCGGCCCACUUGUCGUCAUCUUGAUCCUCAUUGACGUUCCCGAGAGCCCACGUUACCUCAUGCGCAAGGGUCAGGAGGAACGUGCUGUGGCGAUCCUUGCCAAGCACCACGCCAAUGGCCGCACUGACGACCCACUUGUUCUGCACGAGGUCGAGGAAAUCAAGGCUGCGCUCGACGCGGAGAAGGCCAACAAGCAGACCUCGUAUCUCGACUUUUUCCGUACGCCUGCCAACCGCCGUCGCCUCUUUGUCAUCCUGGUCAUCAGCUUCGGCACCAACUGGGUCGGUAACGGUGUUGUCAGCUACUACCUUUCGCCCAUCCUCAAGCUUGUCGGUAUCACAAAGCCCGUCGAAGUCAGCGCCAUCAACGGUUGCCUGGCACUCUGGAACCUCGUCGUUGCCACGACCGUGGCCCAAUAUGUGGACCGUGUUGGCCGCAGGCCGUUGUGGCUGACAUCCACCUUUGGCAUGCUGAUGGCCUACUGCGUCAUCACUGCUCUCUCGGCCUCGUUUGCCAAGACCCAAAACCACUCUGUUGGUAUCGCUGUCAUCCCGUUCCUCUUUAUCUUCUUUGGCUUUUACGACAUUGCGUGGACGAUCCAGUGCUAUUCGUACACGACCGAGAUUCUGCCCUACGACCUCCGCACGAAGGGUCUGGCCAUCUUUGUCUGUGUCCAGAACCUCGCUCUGGCCUUCAACACGUACGUGAACCCAAUCGCUCUUUCCCACAUUGCAUGGCGCUACUACACGGUAUACAUUGGCACCUUGAGCGUCAUCCUCGUCAUCAUCUACUUUUACUUUCCCGAGAUCAAGGGUCUCACCCUCGACGAGAUCUCGCUUGUGUUUGACGAAGGACUGCACGGCGACCGCAAGAAUGCUGUGCGUCACCUUCAAACUGCGGGCAACCAUGACAACGCGUCCGAGGUCGACCACGGAGAACACGAGACGAAGAAGGACCUGGACGGGCAGGAUGAUGUGUUCGCCGUUCCUGCGGAGCCGCAGGACUGGCCGAGGAGCGACUGGAGCGCGUCCACGUUCGGCGUGCCCUCCUACAACAGCGAUUACCAGCUGGGCCAGCAAGUCACCUGGGCGUGCAAGCACGGGAGCGUAGCGGUUAUCUCUGCCAUCAACUCUGGUGACUGGGCCCCCGUUACGUUGCGCACCGUGUAUUUGAUGAUGUGUGAUAAAGUGCUCCAGCUCGGCCUCCACGCACGUCAAGUUCACUGCACGACCAACAACCUAGUCACUUACCUGCAGUGGCAAGGCGAGCGCGAUGCCGACAUUGACAAAGCCUACCGUUGGGCCAUCUCGCAUCUUCCGCAGCAUGUCACUCACGACUUGUCGCGCAGCCAGCUCUCGACUCUCUGUUAUGGUGCCCUGCACGCCAACUACGUCCACCCAUAUGAUGCGCAGACACCCCUCACGCCAGAACAAUACGUCCAUUUCGACCGUUCAUAUCUGGCCGAGUAUGCCCCUCAACCCAGCGACGCCGCAAAGUAUGGGUACAUGGUCCUCCAGGGAUCCAUCGAUAUCGGCGAUCCUGACAUCGAAAACAAGAUCACGCAGGAGAUGCGUGCAUUUGAGGUGGCCCGGCAGGGGCAAGGUAUGCCCGAAUUCCAGUAUACAGGCCCGUUGCACCUGCACGGCCUACCACCCGCAAGCCCUCCGCAACCCGACCGUAGCGCCAUCCCAUCUGGCCUCACACUGGUCAUGUCCGAGGCCGACGGCUGA